CAGUGUGUAGGAGGAAGUCGUUGAGUAUAGGCAGAUACUGGUCACCUGAAAUAGUUUCAGUUGAGAGGUGCAAGACAGUUUGGAUUGCAGUGGAUGAACGUUGAUGGGAGAGUGGACAUUGAAGGGACACUUGAAUUAAUUCCUUGGUCAGGAAUAAGUGUAAACUGAGAAUGGUGUCCACGGAAUGCCUUUUUCUCCCCUCGGGUGAAACAUAAAUCGAUAAUAGUAGAGGGGAAGGAGGGGUACUUUUAGAAAGCAAAAUGGUAGGGAGGAUACGAUUCUAAAUGGGCAGGGGCUUAGGGCUGGAAAGGAACCAUAAGGCUUAGCAACUUCUGCCAGAGGCAUGCUGCUCUGACUCUCUCCCUCUCUGUCUUUCUAAUAAACAAAUCCUUAUUUUUUCUUGUAAUAUUUCUUUAUUUCUUUUGCUUUAAAUCUUUAUUUAUUGUAUAGAGAUAGCUCGAAAUCAAGAGGUUAGGGAGAAAGAGACACCGGCAGCCCUGCUUCACCACUCGUGAAGCUUUCCCCCUGCAGGCGGGGAUGGGAUAUAAGGUUUAUUGAAUGCCUUGUUAACAUUCUUAGUACAACUCUACUACUUUGCUCACUUAGGAAGUAGGGAAGCGAGUAGCCUGACGCUUACAGCUAGUAAGUGCUGGUGAAGGAGGGGAACACACACCCAGUCUCUUUGUUGUAUCUGAAAAGCAAAGGUGGGAAUAUAGUCAUUCCGGAGGGAGAGACAAGGCAGGAGGUUGAAAUCAGUGCUAUUAAUUAAUUGACUUGUUCAGUUAAUAUCAUAGGUUAACUCAAGUAUAGACUCAUCCUCAUUUCAAGUGCCUUUAUUUGUUUUGAUAUAACUUUAUACAUAAAGAGAACUGUUUCUGCUGCUUUGUUUCCUAUCUCCUCAGUCUUCACUUUGGAAGGAUAUUUUAUGCAAACUCUUAGUAAUGGCUGCCGAAGUGCAAAUGAUUCUUUAUGAAGAUGACUCGGUGCAGGUGCAGUAUGUUGACGGCUCCAGAUUGCAGCUUUCUCCCUGUGGCUCUGAGUUUGUAUUUGAAAAGGCACCUUCUGUUUCAGCACAUCCUUUAGAACAGCCAGAAAGAAUUCGUCAAAGAACACAUUUUGUAAUUAGCACUUACCGAGAGCAGCUGCAGCGAGCCUUAGUUUUUCGGAACGCUUUUGCUGCUUGUCCUUUCUUGUCUGAAAGCAUCAUACCUUCUGGAAGACAAAAGCAUGUCCUCAUCGACUUCUCAGAAGUGAGGUGGCCUAGUCUAGAUUCUGAUGAUGGCAUGAGAACGAUGCAGAAUGGCGCUGUGAAGGUCUCCUCUGUAGACGGGCACGCACACCUCUGCCUGCCCCGCUCUCAGCAUGAAUUCACAGUGACUUUCUUGUGUAAAGUAAGCCAGAAGCCAGACUCCACUGUGGCACUGUCAGAACAAAGCCAUCAAGCCAAGAAGGAGAAAGCCAUCCGAGAAGCAAGCAAGCUCUCCAUGUCUGGGAGUUUCACAGGGCAGAGACUGGAGGGUAAAGAAAAUGCAUGUGACUGUCAGGUCAUGACAUCUAGAGAGCUCUCAGAGAAGAGCAGUUUAAAAGGCCCUGUGGGGAGGGAGAAGCUGCAGACAGCCGGCAUGAAGCGCACAUGUACGUAUACGUGGCUGAAGCAGCGUUGCUCUGUGGCCUCUUGUCCAGAGCAAUGGAAAUACCCUUUGUCUCUAGCACGUCGUUUCUGUAACAACAACAGUGUGGCUGGACUGGAAGCAGAUGUCCCCCAGUGUAGACCGUCAACUUCUGAUGGCUCACAUGAAAGAGGAAAAGAGAUUUCUGUUCUCCCAAAGGCUCUGCCACUUAGCUGUCCUGCUCCACACCUGCACAGGUGGCAUUUUUGUGAGUCGCUGUCACAGAGACAGUCAGAUGAAGAAUAUACCUAUCCUGAACUUGUGAAAGUGGUCUGGUACAAGGGUACUACCUACAGGCUUACUCAUCAACAUGUGAACUCAAUUGAGAUUCACCCUGGAGAUGGAUCUGUUUUCAAAUCAGAAGGAGCUUAUUUUGGGAACUAUUUUACGUAUCACUCCGUUCAAGAAGGAUCAGAAGAGAAAGAAGAAAAAAUGUAUUCAGUAAAUAGCCUUCCUCCAGAUAAACCAGGAAGUCAGUUUUCCGUGUGUUCUCUCAUUAAACAGGCGACCAGAAUUCUUCAACAUUGUGCCAAGAUAAGGCUUUCUUUAAGCCACAACUACCAUGUGUGCUGCUGGAAAAAGGCACCUGAGAUAAGUGGUAGCAGUGUCCUGCCUCUACUUUUGAGAGAAUCAUUCAUACCCACCACGGGGAAAUUUCUUGCAUACUCUGAUGACAAAGUGCAUGCUGUCUUUUUAGACGGCAUUACUCUUACCCUAAACUGGAAUUUCAGUUCUCCUGAGAAAGGACAGGUAAAUCGAGGUCUUAAUUUAGGUUGGUGUAAAUUAACUUUUCCUGAUGGACAAGAUCAGUUAAUUCAGAUUGAUCACCCUGGACCAUAUGAAAGAUACGUGGCAGCAGUGGUAUCCUGGUGUAGACUGGUCCACACUAACCAGAGGGGUGUGCCUGCACAGCCUCCAUGCCCUGUUCUUGAAGAAAACUGGUCUGUAGCUUCUGAACUUGAGAAGAUAAAGGAAUUUAACUUACUUCUGGAGAAUAGCGGUCUCCUAAAUGAGGCUCCUGACAAGAACAAGUGUUCCGACCAUCAGAAAGCAGACUCUUCAGAAACAUCACUGGAAGGAGUCAAUGAAAAGGCAGUGUUGGUGGCACUGCGGAAAACCUCUGAAAUUCUUCAAGAUAUCGACUGUCUUCUAGCCAGCUCUAAAAAAUGAGAAACGCAGUUACUGCAGUAGGGGGAAGCUCUAAAAAAUGAGAAACGCAGUUACUGCAGUAGGGGGAAGCUCUAAAAAAUGAGAGACGCAGUUACUGCAGUAGGGGGAAGCUCUAAAAAAUGAGAGACGCAGUUACUGCAGUAGGGGGAAGCUCUAAAAAAUGAGAGACACAGUUACUGCAGUAUGGGGAAGCUCUGAGAAAUGAGAGACGCAGUUACUGCAGUAGGGGGAAGCUCUGAGAAAUGAGAGACGCAGUUACUGCAGUAGGGGGAAGCUCUGAGAAAUGAGAGACGCAGUUACUGCAGUAUGGGGAAGCUCUAAAAAAUGAGAGACACAGUUACUGCAGUAUGGGGAAGCUCUGAGAAAUGAGAGACGCAGUUACUGCAGUAUGGGGAAGCUCUGAGAAAUGAGAGACGCAGUUACUGCAGUAUGGGGAAGCUCUGAGAAAUGAGACACGCAGUUACUGCAGUAGGGGGAAGCUCUGAGAAAUGAGAGACGCAGUUACUGCAGUAGGGGGAAGCUCUGAAAAAUGAGA